UUGUCGUGUAGCGAAUACUUACUAAAAAUUUGUACCAUAUUUUCCCUAAAAUUCCAUAAUUCUGACAUCGCUGCGCUAUAUUUUUAUAUUUGACAUCUGGCAUCUGUCAUUCAGUUUUGUUUUGUCCGAAGUGUUUAUGGAUUUGUUUUUAAUGGGAUUUAUACAUAAAAUACAUAUAACUGAAUGGAUUUAUCUUAUUACAAAGUAAAUGAGGCACCACCUACAAUAUAUUAUAUUCCAAAUUUUAUAUCUCGAGAAGAGGAAGCGCACAUUCUUAAAAAUGUUUAUCAAGUGCCAAAACCCAAAUGGACCAAUCUUUCAAAUAGAAGAUUGCAGGAUUACGGCGGAGUUCCCCAUGAGAAGGGAAUGAUACCUGAACCUAUUGCAAAUUGGCUAGAGCCUUAUUUAAAUAAGAUCCAUGAUAUUAAUCUUUUUGAAAAUCGAAAACCUAAUCAAGUACUUGUCAAUGAAUACUUGCCUGGUCAAGGUAUUAUGCCUCAUACAGAUGGGCCACUUUUUUACCCUACUAUAGCUACCAUUUCAUGUGGGUCUCAUACAGUGUUAGAAUUUUUAGAAAAUAAUGCAGGCAGAAAGAAAGUUUGUGAAUUACUCUUAGAACCAUGUAGUCUAGUGAUAAUUAAAGAUGAUAUGUAUUCCAAAUACUUACAUUCCAUUCCAGAACGCAACAGUGAUACAAUAAGCAAAUGUACUAAUUUAAAAAAUUGCCAAAAAUAUUCCUGUGAUGAAGAAUUGUGUAGGUCUACUAGGGUAUCUUUAACCAUAAGGAAUGUCCCAAAAGUGUUAAAAUUAAAAUUAUUUUAAAUAUGUAAUAAGAUACAUUUAAUUAAAAUAAAUAUUUUAUGAAAAUUUUGUACAUGCUUAUUUUAGAUUUCUGAUUUUGUACAGGGAUGAGUAUAAAGGCAUAAAAUGAAUGUAGACAAUUAUUUGAAAUUUGGAGGACACUAACAGAAAAGGUAGCUAGGUAUUUUAAAGGUAGAAACAAGAACCAAUGUUAUUUUAAUUCCAUGUAAGCAGAAUACAAAGAUUUAAACAAAGUUUUAUCUAGUCUUGUUUUAAUCUAACUACGCUUUGUCCAUUCAUAACAGUGUUGUAAUGGAUAUCUACAACUGUGGAACAUCUGCAUAUAUUUGGAUAUCCUCAUCAGCAUAUUUUGUUUUUAAAAGAUCCACAUUCUCAUAAUUUCUAUGAGGAUGUACACGUACAUGCAAAAAACUAUACGGACAUAGGUCAGCUUUUAUCAGACACUCAAAAGAAAGUAUCCACAAUAAAUAGUUUAUUAAUGGAUGUUCUUAAUACAAACAGCGAAAAUGAUAAUGAUCAUGCAUAUAUAAGUAUAAUGACUUCUAGUUUUGCGAUCAAAAAUGUUAAU